CCUACGCUCACACAUUCACGUGCUGCCAAUCCGUCCUUGGAGAAGGUGGGCAAAUGACCAGAAUACGACGCCGUCUCCAACACCAUGUGCAUACUAUGACGCAGGCACAUUCGUGCAAACCAAGGAACCAAUCUCUCUGCGUUGUUCCACUCCCCAAAAGCAACCCAUCGCCGCCGCAUCCGUCAAACAAUAACCAUACCAGCUGACUGGAACCAGACCCUUCCAUCAUUCAUAAGAGUGAGAGACAGCCUCCUGUUGAAUUGAAUUGAUAUUCGAUCCCGCCAUUCGAUAUGGGCUUACGACCUCGCCUGAACUUCACCGCAUAGUUGCCGACGUAUAGUCUCUUCGUCUCCCAUCUUGUCAUACCAGUGGCGACAAGAACUCACGGCGAUCAUGUCGUCCGUUACCUCGUUGCUAUCGGCGACGCCGACGUCGUUAGCUGCUCCGACGUCGAGCGCUGGAGGAAACCGGGCUCCCUCCCAGGGCGGUGUUAUCGAGGGCGCAAACCCCUCGCAUUACAACCCAAAGGACCCAAUCACCAUGUUCAUCAUCCAGGCCGGUCUUAUCAUCAUCGUCUGCCACUUGCUGCAUUGGCCACUAUCUAAGAUUCGACAGCCUCGUGUUAUUGCCGAAGUCAUUGGCGGCAUUGUCCUAGGACCAUCUGUUAUGGGCCGCAUACCUGGCUUUCGUGCGGCUAUUUUCCCGGCAGAGUCCAUCCCAAAUCUGACUCUUGUUGCCAACCUCGGUCUCGUGCUCUAUCUCUUCCUUAUUGGUCUCGAGACAGAUGUCCGUUUCCUUCUUAGCAACUGGCGUGUCGCAACCUCAGUCGCGUUUGCUGGGUUGGCUCUCCCCUUUGCGCUCGGUUGCGCUCUUGCUUGGGGACUAUACAACCAGUUUUCCGGCGACGAGGGUGUCAUGCACAUUGACUUCCCUAUAUAUAUGCUGUUUAUCGGUGUCGCCAUCGCAAUCACGGCAUUCCCCGUUCUUUGCCGUAUCUUGACAGAGUUGAAGCUCCUCGAUACAUCUGUUGGAGUCAUCGUCCUUUCCGCUGGCGUUGCCAACGAUGUCGUGGGCUGGAUUCUUCUCGCUCUUUGUGUUGCCCUCGCCAACGCGGGAACCGGGUUAUCCGCUCUCUGGAUUCUCUUGGCCUGUGUCGGCUACAUGCUGUUUCUUCUGUACGCCGUGAGGCCGGUAUUGGUUUGGUUGCUGCGACGGACCGGAAGCAUCGAGAAUGGACCCUCGCAGAGCAUGAUCGCGCUGAUUCUCUUGAUUGCUCUUGCAUCGGCUUUUUUCACCGGUAUCAUCGGCGUCCACGCCAUCUUUGGAGGCUUUAUGGUGGGCCUCAUUCUACCCCGAGAAAACGGCUUUGCCAUCAAAGUUACGGAGAAGCUCGAGGACUUGAUCGGCGCUCUUUUCCUGCCUUUGUAUUUCACACUGUCCGGCCUAAACACCAAUCUGGGUCUCCUCGACAGCGGUCUUGCCUGGGGAUAUGUAAUCGCUGUUACCUUUACUGCCUUUUUUACCAAGGUCAUUGGUGCAAGUAUCGCUGCUCGGUUGAAUGGCCUGGUAUGGAGGGAGUCCUUCUCGAUUGGUGCCUUGAUGAGUUGUAAAGGUCUAGUGGAGUUGAUUGUGCUUAAUAUUGGCCUCCAAGCCCGAAUUCUGAGCACCAGGACAUUCACCAUCUUUGUUGUCAUGGCUCUUCUCACCACCUUCGUCACUACUCCGCUUACCUCGUUCCUCUACCCUCGCUGGUACCAGAAGAAGCUCGAGGCUUGGAAGCGCGGUGAAAUCGAUUGGGACACUGGUGAAGUCAUCUCGAACAACAGCGGCUCAACUGACGAAAUGGAGUUUUCCAAGCCGACUACCGAUCGUGUCCAGCGCUUGCUGGUGUACCUCCGCCUGGACAACAUGCCCGCUCUUCUCAAUUUAGUUUCACUAUUCGGAAAACAGUCGUCUACCGGUGACCAGUUUGCCGGAGGUGAUGAGAAGGGCGGAGCUCAACCGGUCACGACUGCGCUUGGCUCGUCCAACGGCAUGAGAGCUGUGAGAGCUCAUGGCUUCCGCCUGCUCCAUCUCACUGACCGUGACUCCUCAGUCAUGACUGUCUCUCAGGUCGACGAUUUUAGCCGCAACGACCCUGUUGUCAAUAUAUUUCGGACUGUCGGACAGUUUCUCAAGGUCGCUGUCUCGGGCGAAGUGUCCAUCAUGCCAGAAACACGGUUCGCCGAGGCCCUUCUGUCCAAGUCUUCAGACAUCUCGUCCGAUCUGCUUAUCGUACCCUGGAGCGAAAGCGGUAGCUUGGGUGACUCACAGGUCCCGUCUGUGGAUAGUGCCAACAAGCUCGCGUCGACAUAUACCGGCUUCGCCAAGUCUAUUCUUGCCUCCACAGAGCAUAAUGUUGGCAUCUUCUUCCCCAAGGGUAGCGCACCUCAGCCUACUACGGACAGCGGCAACGAUCGCAGUAAGUUGAUGCGAGCGUACUCAUUCAGCGACAUUCACCACGACAUCCCCACGAUUCCUGUAACAAACCAGUCUCACCACAUUUUCAUGCCAUACUUCGGUGGCGCCGACGACAGAUUUGCUCUCAGGCUGGUGCUACAACUCUGCGAGAUGCACAACGCCACUGCAACUGUGGUUCAUUUUGUGCAGGCUGGGAGUGACUCCCAGACCCAGGAAGCUGACUACUUCGGCUUCGUGUCUAGCCACACCCCUGCCGGCGUGGCCACACGCAUCAAAUUUGAGACCUCAUCUGGCAGCGAUGUUAUUGAGGCCGCUUCGAACUAUGCUGCGUCGGGCAUUCGGGCAGACUCGCGUGAAGUUACGUGGCAUAAUCUCAUCGUUUUAGGUCGCCAGAUUACCGCCAAGCCUGUCGAGGGUAAGAAGUCUGUUAGGGUCUUGGAGGAAAUCAGAGAUUGUUUGGGACUGGCUGCUGGUGUAUUCAUCGCCUCUGGCGUUAAGGCGGAUCUGCUGGUAGUUCAGGCCAAGACAGUGGCGAACUGAACUAUCUCCUUCAUCGCUUACGACACGGUUGUUGCUUUUGAUCACGAAGUUGCCCUUAGCCUCAAACCGGUUGGCUGGUACUACGGAUGUUUCCAUAAGCUCUUCAUCGAGCCAGAUGGGUCGCCAGUCUUUUCUUACAGGGGAAAAUUGGCGGCGCGGUCGUUUACUUAAUGAUGUAUAUGCAUAAUGCCCGGCUGGUUUUUACAAUGUGUAUUUAUCCGCUAAGACUUUCUCAAUUUGUGUACAUGGUUUCUGGUCUCGUCUCUUGCACCUAUGGGUUUGAUUACCUAUUUGGCCCUCUAUCACCGAUCGUAGGCCAUAUUCACCUGCACUACUUGUUUGUGAAUGAGGAAUGCCUUGUACGAAAAAUUUGCUCCUUGACAAUAUAAUUCCUGCUUAAAUAUAGUUUCCACAAUCAUAGUUGAACGCCUAUA